AUAAAACUUCCUUGUUUGUGUCUGUCAGCAGACAGAGCCACGGAGGACCUUCAGUCACUCAGAGCUGUGUUUAGAUCAAUAAUGGUUAACCGGGGGCUCUGUUUCACUUUUUUCGUGGUUACCUUGGUGACAGCGCAGUAUGUGCCUCCGUUCACUGAGGACUGCCAGACUGGCAUGUACCCACCAAGUGGACCAACGUUUAAAGGUGCUGUCACCUGGUAUACAGUAGACCUGGAUCUGCCCCCCAGUGAGAGAUGGAAGGGUGUUAUCACAGACAAACAGAAAGAAUUGGCGAGCAUGAUCCAGGCCAUCAAGGAUCUAGCAGAUGCCUUUGUCCCCAGUGGGCGGCUCAUUGAUCUUGUGGACCGGGAUUUGCCCUUGAUGGUUGAUACACUUCCAUAUCCUUUCAACGAGGAGAUCAGAGGAAUUGCAACAGCUUCUGGUGUUCCAUUAGGUGAGGUUGUGCUCUUCAACAUUUUUUAUGAGAUCUUCACGGUGUGCACCUCACUAGUUGCAGAAGAUCCUGAUGGAAACCUCAUCCAUGCCAGGAACCUGGACUUUGGCCUUUUCAUGGGAUGGGAUCUGAAGAACCGUUCGUGGGUGAUUACAGAGAAACUGAAGCCCCUUGUGGUAAACAUUGAAUUCACUCGGAACAACCACACCGUCUUCAAAUCCACCAACUUCGCUGGAUACGUGGGCAUGCUGACCGGCAUCAGGCCUCACAUGUUCACCCUCACAAUGAAUGAGCGAUUCAGUCUGGACGGAGGCUAUAUUGGUAUUCUGGAGUGGAUCUUGGGGAAGAGAGACGGCAUGUGGAUGAGCUUCCUGACUCGCUCUGUCUUAGAGAACGCCACCAGUUAUGCAGAAGCGAAGAAGCUGCUGUCGGACACUAAGCUCUUGGCUCCUGCUUACUUCAUUCUUGGAGGGAACCAGACAGGCGAGGGGUGCAUCAUCACCAGAUCCAGAACACACAGUAUCAAUCCUUUAGAACUUGACCCAAAGAAGGGCAGAUGGUAUGUGUUGGAGACCAAUUAUGACCACUGGAAGGAGCCUCUGUUCCUGGAUGACCGGAGAACCCCGGCCAUGAAGUGCAUGAACCAGACCACCCAGACUAGCAUCUCCUUCAAGACGGUCUAUGAUGUUCUGUCCACCAAGCCAGUCUUAAAUAAAUUAACCACAUACACUACACUCAUGGACGUCUCAAAGGGGAAGCUGGAGUCGUUUAUCCGGGACUGUCCCAACCCUUGCAUGCCUUGGUAGCUGGAUGCACCAACCCUUUAGCCUUAAUCAUUGCUCUGGAACAUUCCAUAAUGUAUUUGUUUAAGACUGGACUGGGUUUCCCUGAAUUCCUCAUAACACAGCAACACUUUAAUAAUUUGUAAUUAUUAUGACAGGCCUAAUAUUGCGAAUGAUGCAAUGUGAUAACAUAUGAAUGUAUAAGUUUGUUGCAGAAAUAAAAACUGACUAAGGAAAAUAAAAUUAUCACAGGAUCCCAGUAAACAGAGUUUAAUUAAAUGUAAAAUUCUAUUUAAUAUGUGCUUUUUACUACAAUGUGAUUUUAUGCACUAAUCAGAUGUGUGUUAACAUUUAAUCUAACAUUUCUCCAGUGUUGACAGUUUGACAACAGUAAAUAUACCUGUGGCUGUGCUGCAGUUUUCUUUGGUUAUUUUUAUAUUAUUCUUUCUAAUUUUUUUUAUUAGAGUUAGUUUGUUAGAGUUAUAGAUGUCAGAAGUCUUUGCAGUUUUUACUAGUACUGAAUCACAGAGCGGGUGAGGGGCGUUCAGUUUCAUCAUUUUAGCUUGUUUUUUAUUUGCGAUACUGAGUGUACAUUGGAAAAUGAAUCAGAAUGUCAUUAUAAUGUUAUGUGAUAAACGUGCACAGCUUUUAACAGUUACCUGUCAGUGCCGAAAUAUGAAUAUAAUAUCAUGAUAUAUGAAUGUUUGACAUUUAUAAAGUGCCCUUGCAUACAGGAAUGUUUUUUUAGCAGACUUGAUACAGAAUGUUACUGUUAAAUGUUUUAAACUCUGAUAAAAAAAUAUAUAAACUGGUGGAAUAACCCUGGUUUUUAAUCAGUUUUCAUGCAUCUUGGCAUGUUCCCCUCCACUAGUCUUACACACUUCUUUUGGAUAACUUUAUGCCACUCCUGGUGCAAAAAUGUAAGCAGUUCAGCUAUUUUACUUUCAGUGAGAAAUCGCCAUUUAAAAUGUUGUGUAGUUCAAGACUAGGUUUAAUCCCUGUCUGGGAACUGUCUCCUAAACUUAAAGUCUUUUAUGUCUUUACUUAAGUGCCCCACCUGGUGUAGCUUUACUGAAAGUGCUGCUGGUUCUCAGUGAGUUGUCCAUGUGUAUUGUACUGACUCAAAUAAAAUGUUAAAACAUGAAA